CAGUUUCACAUUGUUUUUACUAAAAAAAGUGUUGUCCUCUACAAAACUUAAUAUAACUUUCACUUGUAUGUGUUAAAAAACAGGCAAAGAAGCAGCCGCCUUAUCUCUGAUUUACUGGUUUACAGAGGCUGUUUUUGCGGACAGCUGCUCUGCUGCAGAAGCCUGCUGUCCUUACUAAAAAAUGACCAGUGCUAGCCUAAACCUAGGGAAAAACUUUUAUAAACAGGCUUUCUGUGUUUUUAAGCCUGGGUUGUUUCUGUGGACUUGCAUGUUAUUGAAACACCUAUGCCUGAGGGGCUAAAUGAAGGUUAUGGGUCUUCAGGAUUGGUUCCGGAAAAUGAAUUCUAUGAUGCUGCUGUAAAACCACCUCUGAUUGGGCCGAUCCAAAGGCGGUGAUAACAAGUCUGAGAGGGUCUGAACCAGAAAAGUUGCCUCAUUCUACAGAAAGAAGUAAAAGGUGGAACCAAGGUUCCCCAUUCUCUGGCAAAAAUGAAGGCGCUCACACUUCUUUCCCUGCUUGGCUGCCUAAUCACGGCAAACAAAGCAAAAAUCUUUAGCCGAUGUGAAUUAGCCUAUAUGCUUCAUGAAGAAGGGCUGGAUGGGUAUGAGGGUUACAGCCUUGCCAACUGGAUCUGCAUGGCAUUCUUUGAGAGUGGCUUCAAUUCGGCAGCAGAGGACGACAAUGCAGAUGGCAGCACGGACUAUGGCAUCUUCCAGAUCAACAGCCGUGUCUGGUGCAACAACUACAGGAGCCCCACUGAGAACCUCUGCCACAUACCCUGCACUGACUUGCUGUCAAAUGACAUAACAGAUGACAUCGUCUGUGCCAAAAGAAUUGUGCAAGACCCACAAGGAAUGGAUGCCUGGGAGGACUGGACAAUGCACUGCAAAGGGCGAGACCUGUCUGAGUGGGUGGAUGGAUGUGACCUGUGAGAAAGUCACCAGCCUGGCUCUGCUAUGACUAUGUUUUCCUGAAAAAGGAGUGUUUCUUUUCCCUGGGCACUUCUGGCAGUUAGUGUAUACAAACAAUCCAUUCCACAAACCAAUAGGAAAAACAAAAAACAACAGCAUAUACUAAUUUAAAGAUUUUUUUUAAUAAAUGGAUUUAUUAAUUUAAAAGAAAUCAGCUGAGGACUUUAGUUUCACGUACUAUUUAGGACUCAACUCCAGAAGAUUUUCCUGAACUUAGUUGUAUGUGAAACAGCAAGGUGCAAGGUGAAGUGGCUGAUAGGCAAGGUUCUGGAGCUGCAGUUAUAACUGGUUAAAAGGGGUUUCCAGAAACUGCUGAGUGCUUUGGGGUUUUCAAAGAGGGCAAACUGGAGAAGCUGAAAGGUAUAUGAACUUGUCCACAGAGAAUGUAUAAGAUUUACCUGUAUACUAAAGGGUGCAAAAUACGUGCCAUGGUCUCACUGGGAGCUGGGCAAAAUUUGUAAGUAUUUGCUAAUCAAAAUGCUGAGCAAUUCAACACUGUCAGUAUCACACACAUUCCCACUGAAAUGCAGAAAAAUGUGCAAUAAGUAUGAAAUCAAUUUCCAAGUGGCUGAAAAGAUAAAUAAAUGCUCCUGUAAUCCAAAGUUUAGAAAACUUAGCCACAGUACAAGCAUGGUGGAGUUUACAAUCAUCCUCGAUUGUCCUCAGCUGCGUAUAGGCAAGUGGAGCCUUGCAUCUUGCAGGUCAGUGAACAGAAUUGAGCCCCAGAGUUUUGUUGGCUGGUGCAUGCAGUAGUCUUGUUUGUAUCAGUUUUCUGCUGUUAGAAAGUGGGAGUUUGAUCCUAAUUUGAAAAUCAUUUCUAGACCUUCUAAAAAUCCUAAAUAAAAAGUCCAUAAUGAAAUCAGGAAUUAAAUCAAGGACCCAGACUCAGCUGAGGCUGAGAAGUGCACUGUGUAACUCAUGGCUUUAAGCCAUGUUUAUACUUUCCUGCGCCUGGGCUGGCUGAGUGCUAGCCGGCCCCUCAGCAUCAGUUGGAUCACCCUAAGAAACAGCAUGCAUCAGUUACCUAUGCCUCCCCAAUCCCCCCAGGAGUUGAUACACCAGCCACACCAUCGAUCACCCAUUCCCUUACACUAGCUGCAAGGGUUGCAUGAGAGUUGCUAUGCUGGCUCUGUGCUGCUGAAGGUUGGGCAAUCCCCAGGUGAGCUGAGAUGGGAUCCCAUAAUAUGGCUGGAAACACUCCUAAAUCUUUGGGCUCUAUUAAGAUUAUUACAGUCUAUUAUUAGAUUUUUAUAGAAUUCUUUAAUGUGUGUUGAUCAUUACCCAUCCGUAAGACAUGCUCUUUUCCUUUCACUAAAAGGAAUGGCACCACAUCUAAGUGGGUUGAUUGUCACAACAGCAGUUGGAAUGCAAAAGCUAAAGUGACAUUAAGUUUGUCACCAAGAGAUUGAGAGUGUGAUACUUCCCAGGGGUACCCAGGGCACGAAGAAGUCUUGUCUGUGCCUGCUGUGGAUCAGCUCCCUGAAACCACCAGCCUCUGGCAAUACAAACACUGCCUUCCAGGCCUCUGUAGGCCUCUCUCUGUACAGAUUAGCAAUAGGCACACGCAAAACCCCGAGUCCUCCGAGCAUCCCUCUGAAGUGCUCCACUCCUGUUCCACUGAACACUCACAGAAUUGCCAGGCCUGCUGUUCCCAAAGGAACAGUACACACCAGCUUGUAGGAUUCAAUUCAGGAUGACCACUUUGCUUAACACAUAUCUAUCUCAAAAACAAAAUUAAGUUUAUCAUCAAAGAACAGACAUUCAAGUGAAAGAGAGUGAGAAUAUUGGAAACAAAUGGUUACAUAUAAAAUAAAAUCAUAACACACUUUCUAGAGGCUAAACUUAGCUAACAAGGCAUUCCCCUAUCUUCUACAAGAUAGCUUACCUCAAGUUCUUUCCCUGGCAUUUUCAAGUGGUUUGGUUGAGACCCCUUCUCAUAAGAUCAAGCCCACUGACAGCUUGCCUCAGAGAUUGAAGGAAUAACUAGGGGUUCCUAGUUAUAGUACCAGACCCCAUUGUUUUAGUUUGCAAAACAGGACAGACCCUGCUGUUUACCUCUUCCUGUUAAUCUUCUCUCUUUCAAGAUUUCACAAUCCUUCAUUAUUAUCAGGUUCAGACUGGCGAGUGGAGGCCUAUUGUGAGCCGCACAAUACUUAAGUUACAUGAAAACAGAUAGAUGGUUUUCUUUCAGACCCAAAAUGCUUAUCUAUUUUUCACCAUUUCUGGUGACCACUCCCUCAAGACAGAUCUUAACAUAAUUUUCCAUUUAUAUACAUAACUCCUUACACAUCAUCCAUAUAUGCAUUUUCCAUGUGACAUGGGCUUUCACUGGAGACCUCACAUGACAGUCUAAUGAGCUAGAAUGUAAAUACCACACCCAGGGGAUUCCUAUAACCCUUAUGCCCUCUGCCAGCUCCCAUCAAGAGGUCCUUGAGACACACAGUUAAAGAGAAAUAGUUAGUUAUCCCACUUGUGAGAAUUGUCUGUGCCUUGUUAUUUUUUGCUAUCUUUUGGCAAUGUACAAAAAUACCAGAAAGUUGUUUUUGUUAAAAAGAAAAAAAAAAUUGAGCAACCAUUCUGUUAUAAAUGGAGUUGGAUCUGAAAAUAUUCCCAGGUUCAUCAAACUUUGGCAGUUUUGACAUCCCAACCUAGAUUAAAUAGACAGCAUGGGGCUGACACUGAAAUAAUUAAUGAUAAUCUUUUUCACAAAAGGCUCCUCUCACAUCAAGACUCCAGAUCUUAAUCCACAUGAAUGUUGGCAUGUGAAACAUCUAUAUCACAUAAUGUAUCCAAAUUGGGAGGAAACAGAUUUCCAUCUCAGGUUUUUCCCCACCCUAGAGCUAAGGACAGUAGGGUGGAUUAAGUACCAAAUUCUCCUCUGUGAUUCAAACUACAGAUCUCUGUUACAUAUUCUGUGCAUGUUCUGCAAACUUAUGGUCCUAUUAAGUGCCUGGAGCAGACAUAGAAAUGUGAUAGAAUUCUGUGAAUUUCUUAAUGGUGUCAACUACAGUUGUGUCAAACCACCUGUCUUAAAAGGUCUUCCUGGAUAUUUUGUACAGGUAGAAAAAUACUACCUGUGCUGCAUUUUUGUAGCACUAUGGGGACAUCAAGUGGUUACUUUGGGUAACAGCUGAUUGGUAUCCUUCCUCUCGCCCUAUAAUUAUAGAAGGGAAGAUUGGGAGUCCUAGAUUCACUUUUAUUCAGACAUAGAAUAAGUAACUCGCUUUCAAUAUUAUCCAUCUGUAAUCUCAAAGGACAUGCAGAAUACAUUUUCCUUGGUUUCUGUGUGAAAGCAAGUUUUCCAUUCAUUUCUACAGCUAGCAUUUGCUAGGUUUUCUCUAUCAUCAUAUUUCCACUGCGUUUCAGAACCUGUAAAUCUUGUGAUGACGUGAGUAUUCCAGGUAACUUGGCCAGCACUGAUUCUGAGCUAGCUAACCAACUACUAGAAGACCUUGCCAGCAGUCAUGGACAACAGGGAUCAUGAGAUCAUCUCUAGACACAGUAUGAAAACUCCCACUAAGGCAUGAAAAAUGACACAUAGGGCCUGGGCAUCUUCCCAUUCAAGUCAAAAAGAGGUUUGCCACUGACUUCAGUAGAAACAGGGCUGACCCCAUACAAUAUGUCAGUGCAUAGCACUGCAUUGCUUAAGACUAUUUCAAUAUUUCCAUUAUAUGCCUCAUCUCUCAGAAGUUUAUAACUUGGACAUAAAUAUUCACUUGGCAAAAAUCUCGGCAGCAAGCAAAUUAGGGGAUUUGUUUUUAACAUUUUUUUCCCACACACCAAAAAUCUUCCUUGGAUGUUUUUAACUUAAAAGUGUGCUACUAUAUAUAAAUGUUUACCAGUUGCAUGGGAUUUUUGCACUCCUCUAACUUAAAAAUGACUUCACUCUUUCUUAAAGGAAAACUGCAAUACAACUUAAUGGCUAUCCCAAUUACUACAUCCAAGUGCCAAGAGGGGUAAGUCACUAAUGGGAACAACAUUCAGGCAGGAGGCUACACUCUGGAGAGACUGAUCCUAUAGGGUGCCCAGUACUGCAGUCCUUACUCAUACAAAUAAUGCCCAUUGCAGUCAGUGGAACAUUUUGGCUUUGUUAGAAAUGCAGGACCGGUUCCAGAAACCGCCUCUCACUAUGUUAAUGGCCACAGCAAGAUACUUUCAAAGGUGAAGGUUGUAGGUUCUAUUUUAUUUGGUUAAUUUAACAGUUGUUUGUAUCAGCAAAAUGUCUGUUGCCAUUGAGAGACAUGCCAGCACCAUUCGCCAUGAUGGCAAUAUUGUAAAAAUGCCCAAGUGCUACAUUUCUGCAAAUUUCUCUGAAAAAUAAUGUAUUACUACAGACAUGACUAGAGUAUUUAUUACAGAUUUAUUUUCUAGCCCAGGGUCUGAUCCUGCAUGCCCUUAGUCACAUGGGUCAAACUUACUCCAUCAUUUACUGAUGAGAAUCUGGCCCGAUAUCUUUAGUCUCAUGUGGCCAGUAGAACCAGUCCUGUAUCAGAUCACUGCUCCUCUCAACCACUCUUCUCUGUCUUACUAAAAUCUCUAUCUCGGAACUUAAAGAGCUCAAUCUGUUUAGUUUAUCAAAAAGAAGACUGAGAAAUGACUUGAUGUCAGUGACAUCCCUGCUUAAACUUACUCAGACUUGCUGAGUCUGAGUAAGAGCAGAAGCUGUUAGGAUAUACACCUCCACAGCAAAUGAAGGUGUGAUUGUAGCAUGAAUAGCUAUAUUUGUGGUAUCUUUAAUCUUGCUACGAUGGAUAACAAUAGUAGUGAAGAUGUGGCAGCAUUGGUUUCAGCACAGACUAGCUGUCCCAAUACAAGCCUACCAGGGAUCUUUGGUAUCUAAUCAGGUUCCUAGCCCAUGCUGAAGACCAUGCCACCAUGUCUUCACUGCUAUUUUUAUCCACGCUAGCUAGAAUAAAGUAAGCACUGGUAUGUCUACUGAUGUUACAAUCACCUCUAUUUGCUGUGUAGGCAUACCCUUUGUUUGUAAUUUGGAUCAUUUAAAUAAGUGAGAUUGUAAAUAGCAUUGAAACACACAGCAAACUCCUCCCCAAAACAAAAAAUCCUUUGCUUUAACAUUAGUAACAAGAGAAAAUCCACGUGGGGAAAAAAACCCAGAAGCACCUUUGAUUUUAGGGCAUCACUCAUUUUGGCUGGUUUUCUGCAAUAACCUUCAAAUUCUGUGUUAUUACAAAGUUAAUGUGAUAACUUUUUCAUGUGUGAAUGUAUGGGUAUUGGACUAAAACUGAUGGAAGUAAUGCAGAAAGGGAAGUACAAGAAAGGAGUACUAUGAAAAGGGAUCUGGGGAUUACAGUGGAUCACAAGCUAAAUAUGAGUCAACAGCGUAACACUUACAAAAA